GAGAGGGAGCGCGGGGACUUUUGACAAGUUACCGACUGUCGGCACUGAAUAGCAUGAGCUUUAUUAUCCUUAAAAAACUAAGUAAAGGGGAAAUUGUCACGGUUACUUAAAAGACUCGAGCAGGAUUCAUCUGUUUAGGUGUUAAGUUGCCGUUUAUCUUACCCAACAUGAGGACUUUGGAAGAGGUGCUGGCGACUCUGCAGAUCGCUAAACUGAAGGAAGAAGAUCUGCAGAAAACUAUCCACUGUCUGUCUUUUGGGGACAAUGUUUCAUCUGCAGACUACUGCCUGAUGGAGCUGGACGACACGCUGUGCAAACACAUAGAAGCUGGGCAAAGUCUGGUGAUUCGAGGGGAUAAGGAUGAGCGUGCUGUGCUGUGUAGUGGUGACAAAACGUAUGAUCUAAAAAUUGCAGACACAUCCAACCUGCUGCUCUUUGUGCCAGGAUGCAAAACACCUGACCAACUAACUAACAGCCUGGACAGCACUCAUGUGGCGCACACUCAGAUUUGGGGAUUUUGUAACAGUUACUGGGAACUGAGGAAACAGCGGCCCAAACUGAAGAAACUGAAGAAGAUUUUGAUGGAGAAUCCUUAUGAAGGACCUGCUUUAGGAGGGCAGGAGGAAAACACAGACAACAGGUACACAAUGCAGGAUCUGUUGGAGAAGAUCCAGGCCAGUGAAGAAGAGAUACAGACCCACUUAGAGACCAUCCACGCCUGUCAGAUUGAUGGAUACUGGCGAGUGCUGGACUUUGACUACGAGAUGAAGCUGCUCGGUCAUGUGACUCAGCUGGUGGAUUCUGAGUCAUGGUCUUUCAACAAGGUAUUUCUUCAAACCAGUCUGGAAGAGUUAGCCCCACUGGAGCCCAAAGAAAUGAUCGAGCACUGUUUAAACUGCUACGGCAACCGUUACACUGAAAAUGACCAAGUGUUUUAUGCCCUGCAUGAGGAUAAAGUUUGUCGGGCCACAGCGUUACUGCUGCUACAGAAUGCUGUUAAGUUCAACCUGAGGGAGUUUCAGGAGGUCUGGCAGCAAAGCGUCCCAGACGGCAUGAGCACACAGCUGGACCAACUCAAGAGCUUCGCCCUGGUGGACCGGACCUCCCGUCCAGAGACCAUCUACCUGCUGCGGGUGGAAGAUCUCCCAGAAGACACGUUAGAGCGCUUCAAUCAUCUCUUCACACUCAAAGAGAAAUGGACAGAGGACGACAUCACGCCAUACAUACAGGACUUGUGUGGAGAGAAACAGACCACUGGAGCCCUCCUCACCAAAUACGCUCGAUCUUCAAUGCAAAAUGGAAUCAAAGUCUUCAACUCCAGAAGGCCUGUCGCUACAUGAACAUAUCAACUGUCCAGUAUCGUCCAGUAUUUACAUUUGGAAAAUUAUGUGUUUAUAUGUAUCCUCUGUAAUUAUUGUACUUACUGCAGUGUGUUAAAUUUCAAAUACAUUAAUCAAACUUCUAGCUGUAACCUGGCUGCUUCGGUUUUUCCUUUGUAAAAAUGUUACAUAUUGGUAAUAAAAUAAGUUUUCAUAUAAUUGUCACAGGUGGUUUUCUCCCCUCCUGUUUUCCUUAACUAACCUUAGUUGAACCUUUUUAAGCAGCUUUUUUGUUUUCCAGCAGGAGUUUGAAGUAUGAAGAAUUACAAAUGUACUUAGCAGGCGCUGUGCUGGGGACUGCCCACAAGAGGGUGGUCUAUGCUGAUAAAUCUAAGUUCCACACAGUGACUGAAUAUUAACUAGUUGGCAUCCAUCUGUCUCGCUGUGUAUUCAAAUGACAGACCAGUUUGAAAGCAUUCACACGAUCACAUAUAUCAGUUAGUUGUCAGAUUGUUUUAUUUUCCUGCUUAAUGUCCUCAAGUUGUUCAAAACUAUCACUUUUCUGUAGAGAUAAGAUAUUCAUGUAUUAGUCCCACAAUGAGGAAACUGGAUCAUAGUCUCAGUCCAAUGUAGAGCUGAAAUGAUUAAUCAAAAUUACAAAACUAAUCUGCAACUCUUUUGAUCACUGAUUAUUGCUUGAGUCAUUUUUAAAUUUAAGGGAAAAAAUAACAAAAAUGUGUUUUCCAGCUUAUCUUAAUAGUUUGUUGUUUUCUGAGUCUUUCAUGAUUGUAAACUUAAUAUAUUUAGGUCUUGUUUUGUCCUGACUGUUGGUCAGGACAAAACAAGACAAAGAUAUUACUUUGAACUCUAGGAAUUUGUAAUUUGCCAACAUUCUGUAGAAGAAGCAAGUGAUCCAGAAUAUUCAUUAGAUUAAUGAAUAAUGAAAAUGAUUGUUAGUGGCCACCCCACAUUUAACUUAUUUAAUUAUGAUAGUAGAGGAGACUAAAAAUUAACCCAAACAGCUGAUAUUCUACAGAAUGAGAUUAUGGGAACAGAGGAGCAAAAAGAUUUUGGGGGUGUAUUAAUGCAGAAAAGGUGAAAAAUCGAAAAUACAGAAGUUGACAAUCCAUAGGAGUCACGUUAAAAUAGAUAAAGAAUUUGAAGAAAUCUGAACUAAAUAGGAAUUAAGUAUAAUUUUU